CUCCCGUCGUGAUUUUUUCACUGCUCGAGGGGGUCUGGGUAGGAGGCCUCUAUGUGUGCCCCUGCCUGCUUGGCCUUCCGCCCACAUCGCCUUCACGGGGGCGGGCAUCUCCACCGGCGCGGGGGUCGCCGACUUCCGCAGCGGGACGAACACCGUGCUGCCCACGGGGCCGGGGCUCUGGGAGCGGCCGAAGGACGACGCGGCGCCGCCGCCGGGCGCCCCGCGGGGCGGCAUCCUGGAGCAGUGCGCCCGGGCGCGCCCGGGGCGCACGCACGGCGUGGUGCAGAGGCUCUGGGAGGCUGGCAGGCUCAGGCAUGUCAUCUCGCAGAACGUCGACGGCCUCCACAGGAUCGUCCGGCAUCCCACGGCGAGCCCUCUCGGAGCUCCACGGCAACAUCCCGAAGAACGCUGCACACGGUGCGGCCACGAGUACGAGCGGGACUUCAACGUGAUCUGCUCCGGAGGCCUGACCGGGCGGCACUGCGAGCAGCGGGGAUGCGCCCACCCGCUCCGGCACAGCGGCGUGGGCUUCGGGCAGGACCUGCCCGAGGAGGUCGUCGAGCGCGCCUGGGCCGAGUCGGAGAGGGCCGAUCUGUGCCUGGCCCUCGGCAGCUCCAUCACGGUGACGCCCGCUUCCGAGAUGCCGGCGUGGGUGGCGAAGCGUCACCGGGGGCGCCAAGACAAGGGCCUGGUGAUCGUCAACCUGCAGGCCACGCCGUGCGACGAGGCCGCGGCGCUGCGGAUCAACGGCCUCGUCGACGACGUCAUGGAGCGCGUGGAGCAGCUCCUGCUGCAGAGGGGGUGCUCGCCAGGAGGAGUCGCGGCGCUCACAGCCCAGACCCCCUCGCGUGGUGACGCAGGCCACGACUGGCGGGUUCCCACCAUUCUCGCUACCGCCGCUCUAUAGCUUGCUCGGAGCGGCUGCCGCGCAGAGGGGCCGUGCGCGGCCCUCUUUCGCCGCGCCCUCCCUGCGCGCCGCAGCGGCAGGAGCCGGGCCGGCGCGGGGAGCCCGGAUCCCCCGACGCCCAGAGGUUUCCACAACGUCGACCCCCCAGAGGUCUGGACCCUGCUCCUCCUUCUCUCCUCCC